UGGUUAAAAGUGCUUGUGCAAAGGCGCUUUAACGUCAAACUAAAACAACACAUUCUCAAAUGGUAUCGGAAUAUCAAUGAAUACUAUGUUUUAUAUAAGGACAGCAGUUGUGUUUGCACUUUUUGCACAAUAUGUUGAAAGUUUUGAUAUUAAAACACAGAAGUUCAACACCAACACGAACAGAAGAAUAGUUCAAAAUGGAGCACAAGUUCAUACAGGGAAAGCCAAAUCCCGAAUCCAGUGUGCCAUAAUGUGCACAAGUGAUAGUACUUGCUGCUCGAGUACCUAUGACCAAAUCUUAGAACACUGUUCAUUAUUUUUGGCUUGCUGUCCUACAAAGGAACCCUCUACAGGAUCAUAUACAAGUAUAAAGACUCCUAAUUUAGCUAAGGUCUUUUCUCCUACACCAACCGACUGCAGCGAAUUUCCUCUUGGAACAUGUACUGGGGUACAUACUAUCCAGCCAGAAAACUGUCCAACCAUAACUGUGUUUUGUGACAUGGACACUGAUGGUGGAGGGUGGACGACAAUUCAAAGACGAUUUGAUGGAAGUAUUGAUUUCUAUAGAGAUUGGGAGGAUUACAAACUUGGAUUUGGGGAUAUAGCGGGAGAACAUUGGCUAGGAAAUGACAAUCUCCAUUGUAUUCUUCGACAACAAAAAAAUUACCAAGUCCGAUUUGAGCUUGAAGAUGUCAAUAAAACUACAGCGUAUGCUGUGUACGAUACCAUAUUUGUGGGGAGUGCGGUAACUGACUACCAACUCACAAUUACAGGUUACAGUGGAACAGCAGGUGAUUCAAUGAAUGAUGGGAAUAACAAUUCAAUGAAUGGUAUGAUGUUUUCUACUCGUGACAAGGACAACGACUUAAAACCAACUCGGUCGUGUUCUGAUUCCAAAAAGAGUGGUUGGUGGCAUGCAAAAUGUACUAAUGCCAACAUCAACGGUGAGUUAAAACCAGAAUCUGAUUUCAGUUCCAACAUUCAUUGGAAAUCGUGGCGCAAAGACGGCAUAACCAAGACAAGAAUGAUGAUUAAACAAAGAAAUUAAAAACAAUAUGAAAAAUUGUAUGAUAGAUGAAACCUUUAUAUUACAAACACUUAUGUUGGUUUGUUUUCUUUUUUCAUCAAUGUAUAAAUCUUGACAACCUGCAGGUAAAUGGUAUACCACAUUCAGUUAUUUUAUCAAAAACCAAGAUAGAAACAUUACAUUGAAAGUGACAAUAGUUAUCUUGACUUUACAUAGUCCAUUCGGCAAUUUAGCGAGAACAAUUUGACCAUCACAAAUACUUUAUACAUUACCUGAUGCAACAACCA